GACACAGUCACAGUCAGAGAGGAGCAGGACACAGUCACAGUCAGAGAGGAGCAGGACACAGUCACAGUCAGAGAGGAACAGGACAUGGUCACAGUCAGAGAGGAGCAGGACACAGUCACAGUCAGAGAGGGGCAGGACACAGUUAGAGAGGAGCAGGACACGGUCAGAGAGGAACAGGACACAGUCAGAGAGGAACAGGACAUGGUCACAGUCAGAGAGGAGCAGGACACAGUCACAGUCAGAGAGGGGCAGGACACAGUUAGAGAGGAGCAGGACACGGUCAGAGAGGAGCAGGACACAGUCAGAGAGGGGCAGGACACAGUCAGAGAGGGGAAGGACACAGUCAGAGAGGAGCAGGACACAGUCAGAGAGGGGCAGGACACAGUCACAGUCAGAGAGGGGCAGGACACAGUCACAGUCAGAGAGGGGCAGGACACGGUCAGAGAGGAGCAGGACACAGUCAGAGAGGAGCAGGACACAGUCAAAGAGGAGCAGGACACAGUCCCAGUCAGAAAGGAUAGGACACAGUCCCAGUCAGAGAGGGGCAGGACACAGUCACAGUCAGAGAGGAGCAGGACACAGUCAAAGAGGAGCAGGACACAGUCCCAGUCAGAAAGGAUAGGACACAGUCCCAGUCAGAGAGGGGCAGGACACAUUCCCAGUCAUAGAGGGGCAGGACACAGUCACAGUCAGAGAGGGGCAGGACACAGUCAGAGAGGGGCAGGACACAGUCACAGUCAGAGAGGGGCAGGACACAGUCAGAGAGGAGCAGGACACAGUCACAGUCAGAGAGGGGCAGGACACAGUCACAGUCAGAGAGGAGCAGGACACAUUCACAGUCAGAGAGGAGCAGGACACAGUCACAGUCAGAGAGGAAGGACACAGUCACAGUCAGAGAGAGGAAGGACACAGUCAGAGAGGGGCAGGACAUAGUCAGAGAGGAGCAGGACACAGUCAGAGAGGGGCAGGACACAGUCACAGUCAGAGAGGAGCAGGACACAGUCACAGAGGGGCAGGACAUAGUCAGAGAGGAGCAGGACACAGUCAGAGAGGGGCAGGACACAGUCACAGUCAGAGAGGGGAAGGACACAGUCAGAGAGGGGCAGGACACAGUCAGAGAGGGGCAUGACACAGUCAGAGAGGGGAAGGACACAGUCAGAGAGGGGCAGGACACAGUCAGAGAGGGGCAGGACACAGUCAGAGAGGGGCAGGACACAGUCAGAGAGGAGCAGGACAAGCAUACUGUACAACUCUGUACUGAGUUGAGUUGUUGA